AGUUUUGGCAAAAUAAAAGGCAAAAACUUUGUAUCAGAGUCGUUUGUGUACAAUCAGCAGUUUAUGAGAUUACUUCAAAACAAUCCGCCAAACUACGCGACCUUCCUCAAGAUUCUUUCCUCUUCCCUUCACCUGACUUCGAUCAGCAUCUUCAAUGGCGUCACGAGACGAUAAGCCCUCGAAGCCCUCGAAGCCCUCCAGCAGUCGGACCGGCGGUAUUCGAACCCUUUCCGAUCUCAACCGACGUUCACCUGAUUCUGUCGGCGACCCCGAUGGUCCUCAAGAGUAUUACACGGGUGGUGAGAAGAGUGGGAUGCUUGUCCAAGAUCCUACAAAGGGUAAUGAUGUGGAUUCACUUUUCAAUCAAGCGAGGCAAAUGGGAGCUGUGGAAGGCCCUAUUGAUCAUGCCCGUUCAUCAAACUCCAGCAGCUUUACCGGAACUGGUAGGUUACUCAGUGGAGAAACUCUACGUUCUGCACCCAGUCAGCCUGAGAGCAUUGUUCACAAUAUUGUAUUCUGGAGCAAUGGCUUUACUGUAAACGAUGGCCCUUUGAGGAGGUUGGAUGAUCCUGAAAAUGCAUCUUUUUUAGAGAGCAUCAGAAAGUCCGAGUGCCCCAGAGAGCUUGAACCUGCAGACAGGAGGUCCUCCGUUCAUGUGAAUUUAAUCAGGAGGAUGGAGGAGUAUCGUGAGCCAGAGAAACCACGUCUUCCAUUUCAAGGUGUAGGAAGAACUCUUGGUGGUAGUGCCCCAACUCAAGCAGCAAACGAGACUGCUACUCCUCCCAAUGUCAAUAGCAGUCCAAGCCCUUCUGCAGGCCUCGUUGUGGAUGAAUCAUUGCCAUCAACCUCGAUUCAGCUUAGGUUGGCAGAUGGAACACGCAUGGUAGCUCAUUUCAAUUACCAUCACACGAUCAACGAUGUUCGUGCUUUCAUCGACGCAUCUAGGCCAGGGGGUGCCAGGAACUAUCAGUUGCAGUUGAUGGGUUUCCCUCCCAAGCUUCUUAGCGACGUGGCUCAGACAAUCGAGCAGGCUGGUCUUGCCAAUUCUGUCGUCAUCCAGAAGUUUUAGAAACUUAGAUAAGUUUUCUUUAACACCAUUACUAAAGGGGAAAAAGAGGUUUUCUGUUCAUUGAAAUGGUUUCUCAGAUUGGGAAAAAUUUGUGAUGCAUAUUCGAAGUAGUCCAGGUCUUUUGAAUAUCAUCAAUCUUUCAGUCCUUAGAGAGAGGAUGGUGGGGUGUCUAUUUUGUUUAUGUUGUGUCAAAAGACAUUUGCUUCUGUAAGUUACUGCAAAAUAUCUCUUUUUACAACUAUAUAUUUUCAGCUGGCAUUUAUAUUGUUGUUCCUCAAAACUGGUCUUUUAUAUAUUUUGAUUAGUUGAUGGGUUUGAGAUCCA